UGAUCCUGACUGAUUUGAUUGACGGUUCGGUGGAGAUGGUGGGAGACAUGCUGGAUGAAUUGUGUAUAGAACCAGUGCCGGAACGAUUCAGAGAUCUUCUUCGUGAUCGGAGGAGCAUUGACGAAAUUGAUGAUGGAUUCAGACAGACUCAUCACCACAUCGUGUUUAAAAGACCUCGUAUGUCCCACGAUCGAGUUCACCAGGGACUGAAAAUGGUAAAACGUCAGAGAAAUUUCGAGAGAAAUUCACGGACUAGCCGAUCAGUACGAAUGAAUCCCGAUGUCAUCUACCCAGAGAUUUUGGUCAUCAUGGAUUAUUCUAUAUUCAAAUCUCAGAACACAAAUUUUAAAAGAGCAACUCUCUAUUUGUUGAGUUUCUGGAAUGCCGUUGAUCUCCGGUACAGAACGAUGAGUGAACCAAGAAUUCGAUUGAACAUCGCUGCCUUCAUUAUUUCAACAAAAGCGGGUGGAACUCCAUUCUUCGAAGAUAACAAAAGGGAAAAAAAUCUGGUGGAUGGUGAUCUCGCUAUCAAACAGAUGAGCAAAUACUUCUACCAAGAGAAGCGGUUUCCAUUCUCCAAAUACGAUUUUGCAGUAGCAAUGACUCAAUUGGACAUAUGCAACAUGAUCGGAACCAGUUUCUGCGAUACAUCGACAUUAGGAUAUGCAUAUGAAGCUGGAGCCUGCAAUAGAAGUGCAAUAGAUAGAAAUACAGAAGCUGUUGGUCUUGUUGAGGACAAUGGAGGAUAUUCCGGGAUAACUCCUGCAGCCCACGAAGUGGCACACUUAUUGGGCGUUCCCCACGAUGGAGUAGGUGCUGCGAUAGACUGUCCAAGCUACCACGGAUUCAUCAUGAAUUAUGCUCUGAAUCUUGGAGAAAAUAAUUUCUACUGGUCUAACUGCACCGUGAGGCUAUUCCGGGAAUUCAUAAAUUCUCCAAAUGGUACAUGUUUGUAUAAUUCUCCUCGUCGAGAUAAUAAAUUGCCGAGGAAAUUACCAGGGAAAAUACUCUCAUUGAACCAACAAUGCUACAAGGUUUAUGGAACGAAAGCAUGCAAGUUUGAUGAAAGUGUUUGCACGAAACUGGAGUGUUAUAAUCCGAAUGGUGGAUUCUGCAAAGCUAAUGCUGCAGCUGCUGAAGGCUCCAUGUGUGGAAAAAAUAUGCAUUGUUUAAAUGGCCAUUGUAUAUCGAUACAUGCAACUGAAUUGGCACCACCACCGAAUUUUGAAAGCCAAUUUCGAACGAAAAAUUUUCAAAAAUUCAAUUCUAUUGACUGGACACCUCCCAAAUUAAAUAAUAAAAAAUAACGAGAUGGAUGAGUACAGG